GUUCGACCUGCUCGAACAAAUCAUGGCCGAGAGCAGCAAGCCGAUCCAGAUGACGAGUACGUUGAAGCGGAAGCUGCGCUUGCGGCCGGUGGUGUUCACGGCGACGUCGCACAUGGAGGAGCCGUACGAGCCGGCGGGCGCGGCGGACACCGACGCCGCCACCGCCACCGCCGCCGCCGAGUACCGGCCCACGAGAAAGCCGGGCUCGGUCGACCCCGAUGCUUCGCCAGCGCUGAGCUCCGCCCCGACGACCUCCUCUGCCUCCCCCGAAAACACCAAAGCCUGCGCCAUCGUACCAGCAGCCAUCACCAGGUCCGUCCCUGUCUGCACCAGCGAAGCCGCCGCUGCUUGUAGCCGAGUCAGAAGUCCGCCGCAAGGCUCGGCUGAGGCGCCUGGAGUGCCGGCGGAGGGCGGGUCACCAGCAGCAGUGACGCGUGGCGGCGACGCGUCUGUGGUCAGUGGAUCUGCUCGUGACGGGAGAGAAUCUGUGAUAGAAAGUGUGUGUGCUGCUGGGGAUUCAAAGGUAGCUGAUGCUGCACAGUGGUCCGAUAAGGGUGUUGCUUGCAAGGUGGAGGUCUGCAAUGACACUGUGGGCAAGGACAGUGCAGGCUCUGCCGUUCAAAGUGAAUACUCAGUUUCCAACGGGUGCGAUGGCGUGAACGUGAGGCGUAUCACAGGUGAUCCCGUGGAAGCCGGUGGUGACGGUAACAGGGGACAGGCUGCCCGGCAAGACGCGGUGGUGGUGAAGUCCGAACCGACGGAGGACGACCAGCUCCACAGGAAGCGGUCGCGGACAUCAUCGGACGACGACGCCCGCAGUGGUAAACGGCGGCAUACGGAGAUUAGGAAGACGUCAGGCGACGGGCAUAGUUCGUCCAAGCACACGCACAAGCACCAUGACAAGUCGCGCUCUUCUCAGGACCGUGAUAAGCGCACCGUGUCGUCCUCGCGUGAGCACAAAGUUCACGCUUCAAAAGACCGAGAAGGUCAUGCAAAGUCAUCUUCAGAUCGAAGCAAGUCUCACCGUCAUUCGUCGAAAGAUCGGAACGAGAAAAAGCCGCGCAGCUCAUCUCACAGUCACAGUGACAAGUCAGCGACGAGUAGAGAUAAAGUCGAGAAGAGUGGUCACAAAUCUGCCUCGCGCACUCAAAGAGACAAGUCUGGCUCCUCACAUGAGCGCGACAAGCCGCGUGAGAGGUCGUCGUCUCACCGUGACAGAGACAAACGGACUUCGUCAAAGGAGCGCGAGAGAUCCGACCACAGGUCGUCAUCCCGCAAGCACAAGGAUAAGUCUCACUCUACACGUGAUGGAGAGGACGGAGGUGAAAGGAAGACCUCUCACGACCACAGAGACAAAUCGGUCGGCUCUGAGGGCCGGGGGCGACACGGCCAGCGCGCCUCCUCCUCCCACAAAGACAAGUCCGGUGCGUCCGAGUCGUCCAGCAGGAAGCGCUGCCACUCGCGCCCGUCGACGAGCGGUGACGUAGCGGGCGGCAGGCAACGCUCCUCGGACGGCGCGCCGGCCCGGAGCUCUCGUUCCAGCUCGGGCGGCGCCGAGCCGGGCCCGAGCAGCGCCGGGCCAGCUGCCGGUCCGAGUAACGCCCGUCCAUCGGACGACUCCGGGUCAGGCUCGCCACUGCCCGACCUGUCGGCGCUGGAGGAGCUGCCCGACGUAUGGGAGUACCCGUCCGGUCUGCUGCAGCCGUCCGACCUCGAGUCGGACGCCGACGAGGAGGACACGCUGGCAGAAUGCGAGCGGCUCUUCAACGAGUACCGCGCGCCUGCCGACGGCGGCCAGCUGACGGCCGCGCUCAACAAGGCGCGGCAGCUGCAGGACCAAGCCAGCCGAGAGGCGCAGCGGGCUGCGGCAGAGGCGGCCGCUGCCACUGGCCGCCGCCGGGUGGCCCACGCCCGCGGACCCGACCAGGUCGUCCGCCAGGUGGGCCGCGCCGCGCCCAAGGUCACGCCGGCUCAGGCGAUGCACGCGCGCUGGCAGAAGCUGGCCGAAAUGCAGCAGCAGCGUAUCGCCCAGCUGGAGCAGGAGCAGCAGCGACGCGAUGCCGAGGACCAUCAGCUUCCGCCCGUCCUGCCCGUGCCGCCCGUGCCCAGUGGUGGCUGA